CUUCGCGAGCGGUUCGUGUAAAUGGCAGGCUCCAAGCGUGCGAUCCUUUCGACCGAUUAAACCGACCGAUCCUCCAGUUACACAAAGUGCCGCCUUUUCGUCAUUCUCUUUUCAUUCGUGAUGCAGUACCGCGCGCUGCGAAGUGUUUUGAUGACGGUGUGUUUCUUUCUGUCCCUUCAUGAAGUCUACACGCAACCGGAGGAACCUUUGCCGGCGAUUUUGGGUGGAAUCGGGAAUGUCGCGACGAGUGCGACCAAUUUCCUGACUGGGAUCAUGCAACGACAGAAAGAACUGUUGUACCGAGUGACGGACACUGCCUCCGAUUACAUCACCAGCGCGGUAGAUAAGCCCAGGAAGCUAUUGAUCAACGCGACCAGAGCUACCACCGGAAUUAUCGACAGCGCCGCCUCCAAGGGACUGGAGUUUAAACUGAGACGAUUCCUCGAGAAGUUUCGCGGUCGGAUGCGCUAUGGGAUACCGGAACUUGACAUUCCACCUCUGGAGCCGCUUGAGCUGGACGAGAUCGAUAUAGAUAUCGAUAAUCCAGAUAUAGGGAACGUGACCCUGGUGAUCGAGGAUCUGGUGGUGCACAAUCUCUCGACGUUCGUGAUCAAUAAAGCGAAGCUAUCCCUAAUUGGACCGACGAUCACCGCGAACGUGUCGGUCCCGCACGUGUUCAUCGAGGGCGUUUACAAUAUAUCCGGGAUCCUUGGGAAUAUGGUCCAUCUGCACGGGGCCGGGCCAUUCCAGGCGGACAUUUACGACUUUCAGUUGUACGUGAACACUAUAUUGGGCUACUACAGGGGUGUCUACCUGAAGACCUUCGACCUGGACUUCAAUUUGAGCUCCAUGGACGUCCGGUUAGAGAAUUUUAUGGGGGACGAAGAAAUUUCGCGGAUCAUGAGCAAGGUCUUUCAGGAACUAUCGCCAAAGGCGUUGGACAUUAUUAAACCAGACAUACUUCCGGGUAUCCAGAGUUACAUUGCAGGCAGAGUUAAUGACACCAUUCAUCACCUCACUAUGAGGGACAUAUUUCACGUCCUCCUGGGACAGAAUGAAAUUCGAGAUUUGGCGGACAUAUUGGUGCCCUAGAAAUCUGUUUUAAUUCAGCCAUGGUUACUGUCGAUCAAUGAACCCGAGAUUUUUCGAACUUUCAAAUCUUCUGGCAAUUAGAAGUUUUAAUAUUUAGAUUUAGGGAUAACUUUUUUGGUGAAGAAAUUCUGUACAAGAGUCGUAGCAAUUGAAGACGAUGUUUCAAUUAGAAAAUCUUGUCUCUACCUUUUUUAUAUUAAUUAAUAAAUUAAAUCCUUAACA